AUGUUGGUCGUUGGUCGUGAGAUUCAGCUUCAUGUCGCAACGGUGAAAGGGCUAGACUAUUCUUGUAGCGUUGCAACGGAAAUCCCAUCAAAGUUGCUGUCAGGUGUCAUCCGACGGAAGGACGACAACAAGCGGACGGGCAAGUUUAAGCUCAACUUUGGAUUGCAACGGUCCAUCCGAAGCGAUGGCUCAAGCUCAUGCUCAAGAAUAGCCCCGGGGAACACCUGGAGAGCAAGAACUAAAGAGGAAUCGCGCCAUGCGUUCCACUGCUCGAGUGGGGUGGGGGGGGGGGCAUUUUGCCGAGUUCCUUUACUCCGUACGGCGAUGAAAGCCAUAAGGCAGGGGCUGGACUAG